ACAGUUCCCCGUCUAUCUUUUUAAUAGUGGAAAACUUAACCUAAGAUUUGAUGUACACAAAACAAAACGUUUAAUGUUAAAUGUUAAUAUUUAGUUAAAACUUAUUAAACAUAAUGGUUAUUGAGAAUAAACGCCGGGCAGAUGAUGCUGCUCUUGUUCCCGUUUCUAAAAAACAAAGAAAUGAAAUCGUCCAAAGAAAUAAAAAUACUUCAGUUCUUCAAGCAACUGCUCCAAGAACUUCAAACCUAUUUGCACCUAUAAUGCAAUUAGAAGGGCAUGAAGGAGAAAUUUUUAGUGUAGAUUUUCAUCCAGAAGGUCAAUAUCUAGCGUCCACAGGUUUUGACAGAAAAAUAUUUCUAUGGGCAGUAUAUGGAGAAUGUGAGAAUAUAUCAGUUAUGACAGGUCAUACAGGAGCUGUAACAGAAAUGCACUUUAACACAGAUGGAUCACAAAUUUUUACAUCUAGCACAGAUCAUACUUUGGGGCUUUGGGAUGUAGCUACCUCUCAAAGAAUAAAGAAAUACAAAGGACAUACCACUUUUGUUAAUUGCGUACAAGGGGCAAGAAGGGGUCCACAACUGAUGUGUUCCGGAGGAGAUGAUAAUACAGUGAAACUUUGGGAUACAAGGAAAAAACAAAAUGUGGGUUCAAUAAAUACUCCCUAUCAGAACACUGCUGUCAGUUUUAGCGAUACGACAGAAGAAAUAUUUAGUGGAGGAAUUGAUAAUGAAAUAAGGGUUUGGGACAUGCGUACAUAUGAACUCUUAUAUUGUCUAAGAGGUCAUACAGACACGAUCACAGGAUUGUCAUUAAGUGCUGAUGGAUCAUAUCUUCUGAGUAACUCAAUGGAUAAUUCUUUAAGAAUAUGGGAUGUUAGACCAUAUGCACCUGUAGAGAGAUGUUUGAAAAUUUUCAAUGGCCAUCAACAUAAUUUUGAGAAAAAUUUACUGAGAUGCGCAUGGUCACCUGAUGGUUCGAAGAUUACCUGUGGGUCUGCAGAUAGAUUUGUUUAUAUUUGGGAUACCACAUCUAGGAGAAUAAUUUAUAAGCUUCCUGGACACAAUGGUAGCGUGAAUGAUGUGAAAUUUCAUCCCAAUGAACCGAUUAUCCUUUCUGGGUCUAGUGAUAAACAGUUGUAUUUAGGAGAGAUUGAUUUAUAAUUUUUAUAUAAGUGUGUAAUAAUAAAAGUAUUUUAAUGAGA